UCAUGUGUUACAAUAAUGAUUUGGAUCUAUUUGUUCAAACUAUUUCUCUUGUGUUUAACGAUCUCUUUCUUUCUAUCUCUCUUUGUCUCUUCUAAGCCUCAACAAAGUGCUUCUGGAAACAAUGAGAGCUCUCAAGUUGGGUCAACAAAGGAAGGAAAUCCGAGUACCAUUGCCUGUGACUCUCAGGAUGAAGGCAGAACCUGUUCAAUGACGCGCAAAGAAAGUCCUCCAAGUAAUGCCACUGCAGAAACUGAGCCUAUCCCACAGAAAUUGCAAAUGCCUCCUUGUUCUGAAUGUGAGAUGAAAAAAGCCCCAGAAAAACCAUUGACCAGCUUUGAAGGGAUGGCAGCUAGAGAAGAAAAAAUACUGUAAAUACUAAGAAACUGUGUUAAAAACAUCCAUUUGCUAUUGUCUUCAUACUCUUUUUAGACCACAAGCUUGAUGGAAAUACUAAGUUUCUAAAGCAUGCAACUUUUUCACAAUUUUAUGUAACUUUAUAAAGUAGUCUACAAAUUUUCAAAGAUUCCAGACCAAUUAUGAUCCUUAAGCAAUAACCUAAUUGAAAUGAAUAUCCACAGUCAUAAAAAUUUUGUUGUCAUCAGUAAAUUGCCCCAUAUAAAUUGGUCUGGUUUAACUCAAAUGCUAUCUAACAUGUAAUUCUCCUGGUUCAUUUGGAUAUCUAGUACUUCUAUGAUGUAGUUGUCAGAAUCAACUGGAGGAUAAUAAAAUAUUGUGGGUUCUCAGCAUUCUUAGAAUCCAAAUUACAAAAAUAUCUAUAAGGGUUUAGUCCACAUAAGCCAACUGAAGUCACUUUCCUCAAGGUUGGAAUUUGUGCCAAUCUAAAUACGUUGUUUCUUUGAUGGUGUUUAUUGCUAUUGGUAUUAUUUUGAACUACUAAUAAUCAUUUUGUCUAAACAAUGCUAAGACAAUUCUGUCAAGAAUUUGGUCUGCUAACAUAAUUCAUUAAGUAUGUUUGGCAUCAUAUAGACAAAAUAUUUGGAUGAAUGACUAAAUUUCUGACACGAUUAAAUAUUUUGGCAUUCUAUAGACACAUCUCUUAUGUAUGUCUACUGCAAUUAUUCCAAGUUAAUAACCAAGUUGUCUGAAAUACUUGGCAGGAUUUUUGGUAUGAAGUUGGGUAGUGGAGUAGGGAAUGAAGAGUGAGUUCUAAAAUACAAAUAUGAAAGCAGGUAAUAUCUGUUACAAAGCAGGGGUUUGAUGAAAGUACAACAGCCAUGUUGAUUCAAUAAACCCAGAUGCAUAUUUUUUGAAAACAAAUGUGUUAUUGAAAUAAAUCAAUGGCAGUGUUAAUCCUUAAGAGUUCUGAUUUUCUAUAGGAAUAUCACUAAUCAAAUAAAUGCACUCAUGAAUAAUUGGAACAUAGCUCACAAGCAAGUGGAAUUGACCCUUGAAUAAUUAUCUGGUUAAUAGGUUUCAUAGGACUUUCAAAGUUGCAGACUCAAUUAAUGACUACAGUUAAGUUGUCUGAACUGAAAAGUCAUUUCUUUUGCUUAGAACCUUUUUGCAACUGUAGAAAGCAUAUUAAACCAUUGGUUUUACAGGAUGGAUCUGUCAAACCACGAUAUAUACAUUUGGAUCAGUGUAUCCUAGAAGAUAAUUAAUAAAAAUAUAUUAAAGGAAACGUGUAAUCAAUCAAUGAACUUAGAUUCUGAGAUUUAAUGGCAUACCUCUGAUCAAAAUGGCAUAUUGAAAUAAAUUUAAAGAUUUGGAGAAUUGGAAAAUAUCAUUAGCUGUAAAAGUAACAUUAUCAUGUAUUUAUGUAGCAAUUCUAUUUUCAGAAUGGUUCAGUGUCAUUUAUUAGCACAGACAGAUGCCAACCACAGUGGUUCAACUUAAUGAUUUUUUGAUGAUUCCGUGAAAACUUCAUAAUUUCUACAUACUUUGAAUUUUGAAUUUUUUUUUUUUUUUGGAGGGCUAGUGAUACGUGGUCCACGAGAUAUUCAACAUUUUAUUAUAAAAUAGGGUUUGUGUUAGACAAUUUGCCCAACUGUAGGAUGAGGUAUAUGUUCUGAGCACAUUUAAGCAGGUUUAAGUUAGGGUGGGCUAUGAUUUUCCAUAGGUUAGGUAUCUUAAAUGCAUUUUAGACUUACAAGGUUUUCAACUUUGGAUUUGUCUGUCUGUAUGUAACCCUAUUGUAAAUCAAGGGGCAUUUACAUUUUUCAUAAAACCAGCUACCCAAGAAAAAAAGAUAAUUAGCUUUAUAGAUGAUCUAUAGAGCUUUCAGAUGAAGUGACCAGGAUAAAAUAAAAGAUCAAGGUCUGAAGUUUCUGCUGACUCCUUCAUAUUUCUAAAAAUAAUUUAAUUAUAGAAACUAGAAUACUGCUAGUCUCCCAAGUCCUGUUCCUUGUAAUUUUCCCACUGUGCUCAGUGGCCCUAGCCAUCUCCAUAGUUUCAUGACAGGGAAGCAGAUCAUUUAUUUUUAAUUUAUAUUCAGUCUCCCACCUCCACCCUGGGGCCCAGCUUCCCUUGUAGGCCCUGUGGGUCCUAUGGAAAGUUAUUCACCAUGUCAUCUAGCACAGCAUGUUUUGAAGCAUCUUUGGAAUGAAAAAAAAGGAGAAUCAGGCUGUUAUUUUCUGAAAUUGUCAUGAGAGAGAACAUGUUGAACGGUAAGAACUCAGGUUGAUAUUAAUCACGUUUUUAUCAAGCUUCAUUUUAAAGUUGUUUAUUUUCUCUAUGUUCUAAAUUUCUUUUAUUAAUUCCUGGCUUGAUCAAGUGGGCUUUGGAUCCAUAUGAUUUUUUUUUUUUUUUGAAAUGAAGUCUCACUCUUGUUACCCAGGCUGGACCGCAAUGGUGCGAUCUUGGCUCACUGCAACCUCUGCCUCCCAGGUUCAAGUGAUUCUCCUGCCUCAGCCUCCCGAGUAGCUGGGAUUACAGGUACCUGCCACCGUGCCCAGCUAUUUUUUAUGUUUUUAGUAGAGACGGGGUUUCACCAUGUUGGCCAGGCUGGUCUUGAACUCCUGACCUCAGGCGAUCCACCUGCCUCAACCUCCACCCAAAGUGCUGGGAUUAUAGGUGUGAGCCACCACACUCGGCCAAUGUAUUUUUUUCCUUUAAAUAUAUAUGGCAUUAUACAUCCAGCAAAGUUUACUAUGUUAUAUUCAUUGCAUCAUUUGUUUUAAAAAACAAAAAGUAACUUGUAGCAGGAGACCUUUAAAAAUAUUUUUAGGAGUUCUUUUUAAUAGCUAUGUUUGAGAUUCUUUUUUAUUAUAUUCUAUGACUGUACCUUAAUGAAUACAUUUUAUUUAUCUCAGUUUCUAAUUGCUUUAAAAUAUAAUCAGAUAAGUUAAAAAUGUUUCUCUUACAUUUUUGAAUUUGUGUAUGAGAAAGGGGCCAUUUCUUACAUCUUUUAAUUAACAACUAAAUAAACAGAUGUUGUUUUAAAGGAAUUAACACUUAAAUCCCAACCGUCCUCAUAUGGAAUAAAAUAUCAACCUAAAUGUUGAUUAUAGAGAGUAUAAUUCUAUUAUGUACCUGUAAUGAUAAGCAGUGAAAGAUUACUUACAUUUUGAAAAAUAUGUAAUUGAUUCUUACUAAGAAAAAAGAUAUUUUCCAAUGGAAUAACUUGUUUUAAUAGAGAUACAACCAGAACCAACAAUUGUAUUUCUCUAUAGUUAUUUUAAAAUAGUAAUCAAUGCUAUGUAUUUGAUGCAUUUGUUUCCAAAUUAGAAGUUUCUUUUGGCUUUGUGUUUUCUUUUAUGUGCGUUAAAUAUGUAAACUGAACCUGUUCCUAAAAUGCAUUAAACUUAAAUGAGUGCUGUGUCUAUCCAAUGCCAAAAUUCUCAGAAGAAAAGUGAAUAAUUCAGUCAUUCAUCUGGAUGUGGUUUUCUGUGUAAUCUCAAGUAUCUGAAUAUUGAAAAAACUAGGUUGCUAACUUUUUUUCAUUCCUUAUGCAGAUGUUUCGCAUCAUAGUGCUGUUUCAGAUACAGAUCUGUUUCAUAAAAUAUCCUCAAUUACAAGUCUAAGACAGUUAUAUGUAAAGAAAAUGUACUAUUUUAGAUGAGCAAUGUGGAUAACCGAACUAAAACAAUAUUUGUGAACUUUGCUAUAAUGAAAUCUUUUAUUUUUAUAGCUCAGGUAUUGUAAUUAGCACUAAUUGCAGCAGAGGCUGAAAUAAUUAUUGACACCAUAGCGUACCAUAGAGUAGGUUGAACUGGCCAGACCUAGAGAGUGAAGAAAACACAUACUGUUUACUUAGGAGACAUUUUCUUAGUCGUGUGUAUAGUCCUAAACUUCCCCAAACUAUGUGUUCAUUUGGAUUGUGUUAUGUAAUAUUAACAGUCGAAUGAUGAAGAAUAAAAGAUGCUGAAAGAUGGCCUAUUUUUGUUCAAUAAAGAUUGUUACAAGGAUA